AUGCAAAUGAUUCCCAAUGACCCUUUUUCACUAUCCACUUCACUUGGUGCCUUUACUCAAGAACAAAACACAAACCCUAACCCUAAACCUAAUACUCCUCCUGUUCCCAAGAAGAAGCGAAAUCUUCCCGGAACACCAGAUCCAGAUGCCGAGGUCAUUGCGCUUUCGCCAAAGACACUCAUGGCGACAAACAGAUUCAUCUGUGAAAUAUGCAACAAAGGUUUUCAAAGAGAUCAAAAUCUUCAACUUCACAGAAGAGGUCACAACCUUCCAUGGAAGCUUCGACAGAGAUCAAACAAAGAUGUUAUCAAGAAGAAAGUUUACAUCUGUCCAGAGAAGAGUUGCGUCCACCAUGAUCCUUCUAGAGCUCUUGGUGACCUCACUGGGAUAAAAAAGCACUUCAGUAGAAAGCACGGUGAGAAGAAGUGGAAAUGUGAAAAAUGUUCCAAGAAAUAUGCAGUCCAAUCUGAUUGGAAAGCUCACACAAAAACAUGCGGUACAAGAGAAUACAAAUGUGACUGUGGCACCCUCUUCUCAAGGAAGGAUAGUUUCAUUACACAUAGAGCUUUCUGUGAUGCAUUGGCAGAAGAGAGUGCAAGAAUAACUUCAGCUACGACUACGAAUCUAAAUUUCAAGAACGAAGAAAGUGAUGGUUCAAUGAUGGGUUCGCAUUCGCAUUCGCAUUCACAUUUACAACAUGGUUUAUCACAUGGAAAUGGAAUGCUUCAAAAUAUAAGUGGAAUUCCGCAUCCACAAUUUGGUUCACAUGGAUUUCAUGUAGAUUUCAAUGGAAUUGGAAACAACAACUCUUUGAUCAUGGAGCAGCAACAAAGGCCAAGUUUAUCACUUUGGUUAAACCAAGGGAAUCAGAUUACUGAAAUGGGACAAAGUUCAGGACUUUUCGGUUCUUCGGGUUUAUCCGAGAUUGUUCAAAUGGGAAAUGCUGGUAUUAAUAAUAAUAAUGCCUUGAUUGGUUCUUCAUCAUCAAUGUUGUCUAGUUAUGGUGUUCCUGCUUCAAAUUCAACACCUGCAAAUCUUUCAUUAUCUUCACUUCCAAUAGGGAAAAGAGGAGAAAGUUCAACAAGUUCUGUUUAUAAUUCAGAUGGUCAAAAUAAGCAAUUAUCAAAGACUGUUUCUGCUACACCAAUGUCAGCUACUGCUCUUCUGCAAAAAGCAGCUCAAAUGGGUUCAACUAGAAGCGCUUCUAAUAAUAAUAUAAACAACAAUGGUUCUAUUUUUAGUGCUAGUUUUGGUGUAAUGACAUCACCUUCUUCUUCAAAUAGUAGUUUUGAUCAGUUUUUGAUGCAUGGACAAGAAAGUGAACAAGGAAAAAUGAAUCUCUUGCAUCAUGGUGGUUCAAAUUCUAUGGAUCAAGUUCAACAUAGUAAUUUGACUAGAGAUUUUCUUGGUGUGAGUGGAACAAGUGGUGGUCCUCCUCAGUUUCUACCUCAGGAGCUAGCAAAAUUUGCUUCUUCCAUUCAAUUCACAGGAAACCAGUGA